AUGUGCGUUGUGACAGGCACCCUACAGUCCCGCAGAAAGAGCACUCUCACUACAUUACAAUUUUACCGAACAAGAAAUCACACACGUUCACACCUUGUCUGUAGGAACAUCGUAUUCCAGGGCCAGCAACAUUAUCCUCAGCACGCGUAUCCGCCGCCGCUCCCCACCCAAUACUGUGCCAUUUUUUUGUACUGUAUGCCAAGCUUCACAUCAUCUUGUCCGAAAGCGUGCGCAACAAUGAAGACGUAUCGAGAACACAUCAUCAUCAUUGCACGCGUUGGAAACGCCCCAUCUUCCGCGCUUGUGGGUUUCACUCGUGCUGCAUACCAACCCUUCCCCGGUCUCACGCCAUGCCCUCUCCUUAUCCUCUGCGGCCCCGGUAUAUAA